AUGGCACCGUCCUCCAAGACAGCGGCUCCCCCAUACGCCAAAGACGAGAAGGUCUUGUGCUUCCAUCAUGACAUGUUGUAUGAGGCCAAGAUCAUGGAGAUCGAUUCCACUGAGGAGGGUGGAUUCCGGUACAAGAUCCACUACAAGGGCUGGAAGGCCACAUGGGAUGAUUGGGUUCCUCAGGACCGAAUCCGCAAACUGAACGAUGAGAACCGCGAGCUUGCAGCCCAGCUCAAUCAGCAGGCUCGUGCAAGCAUGCAGAAGAAGUCUGGCCCGGCCAAGAAGGCAGGUCUAAAGAAUGGUUCCGACUUCAGCUCGGCUCGAGGUAGUGAGGAGAGAUCGGGUGCUGCGGCCACCAUGUCUGGACGGGGCCGGAAGAGAGAUUUUGAUUUGGAGAAUGCAUUUCAGGUGAAUGUUCUCGACAGCUCCGUGGCAUCAAGCAACGCGACACCAGCUUUCAACCUUACGUCAACAUCAGCCUUCGCACAUCGUCACAACGAUCCCAUGGACGCAGAUUUCGUCAAGAAAGAGGCGAAGUGGUACAAGGCCUCUCUACCCUACGACAACCUCUCUAAAUUACCACCUAAAACCCUCACCAACCCCCAGCCUGGAUCCAAGGAGGCGUUGGAGGCGUUUCAGAACUACUACUUCACAUCCACAGACGCGGGAUUGGAGGCCAAUCUGAAAGCUGGUGACUACGUGGACCCUUGGCCCAUUCUGGUCAAGAAAAAGACGAAGACGAAGAAGAAAGAGGAGCCUCUGGAGGACGACAUAACUGCUGGUAUUCCUCCCAAAGAUAGAGAGGCGUUCAACGAGGAGCUGCAAAGCUUCAUGCAAGAGUACUGCCCGAGCGAGACUGAGGAUCUUCCGAAUCCAAUUGUCACGAAAACUCUGAAAGCCGAAAAGGCCAAAAAGGCAGCCGACAACAGAGAGAAACGCGCUGCUGCAAAGGCUAAGUUGACAAUGGCACCCUCUCAACACACUCGCAACACCCGCCUCAGGGCCAAAGCCGCCAACGCCGCCAUAGCAGCCGAUGACAGGGUCCCAGCACAUGAUGCCCUUGCGACACAGGAUGCAGCUAACACCACAAGCGCAACUGGUGCCGAAGAUGACACAGUGAGAAGCAGGCUGCAGAGUGCUCCUCCUGUCAUCUCAUUCAUGCGGGACACGCGUGCGGCAAUGACCCGAAACGCGUUCAUGAGCCGCCCGGUGCGAGGUGUUGUGUCCAGCAGCUACUAUGCCGCCUCGUCCAACGGCUACCCCAAAGCCAAGUCGCUGGGUGAUGAACCCAUAGGAAACGACAUUCCGGGUGCAAGUUCACAUGGACAAGUUCCAGCAGAAAGCAAGCCGGAAUUAUCCAAUACAGCAGCUCCUAAGAAGGCCGGAGUGACCAAGAAGGCCGCGCCGCCCGAGAAGUCUGCGCCGCCCAAGAAGUCUGCGCAAUCCAAGACUGCAGCAGCCAAGGCCGCAUCUACCAUGGCCGCAUCUACCAUGGCCGCAUCUACCAUGGCCGCAUCUACCAAGGUCGUCGACAGCAGUUUGGGAGACGACAAGGCGGCAACUUCCAAGCCACGAAGGGCUGCCAAGGCCUGCGACCCUUGCAGAGCGCACAAGACGCGUUGCACCGGAGGCACUCCCUGCGACGCCUGUGUGAGAAGAGGGUUCGAUUGCGUCUAUGUUUCCGGUGGAAGAAAGGCGCCAAUGAAGCGAGCUCGUGAAGAGGAUCAGAAGGCAGUAAAGACAGAGCCUUCCGACAAGGACGCAGACCACGACGAUCGCCCAGCGAAGCGAGCGCGGAAGGAGGAGACCACUUCGACCAAGAAGCGAGCUCGCGAAGAAGAUCAGAAGGCAGUGAAAAUAAAGCCUUCCAACAAGGACGCAGACCAAGACGGUCGCGCAGCAAAGCGAGCGCGCAAGGAGCCAGCCUUUCCUGCCAAGAAGAAGAAUCUAGUGCAGGGUUCCGAAGUCAAGGGCGGAGAAACCAGCUUUCAGCCCUCAGAGAUACUGCCCUCCAUUGAAGAGGUUCCUGAGGAAAGCGACGGAGCGAAUCCCGAGCCUUCAAAGCUACAGCCUUCCAGCCUGGAGGUGCCUGAGAAUGGCGCAAAGGCGAAAGCGCAGCCCACAAACACGCAGUCCUUUAGCCGGGGACGGAUCACGCGAAGCCGGAGCCGUCAGAUGACUGAAGAGGCUGAGGCCGAGGCUGCAAAGCUGCAGCACAAGGGCAAGCGGGCCCAUGAGGAGACCAACGAGGCCCUUGAACGACCUGCAAAGUUGCAGCGCUCAUCAGGCACGAAUGGCACGUUCCGCAAGUCCGAUGGCAACUCCCAGAUACUCAAAGCGAUCAACUCUCACCAAGUCGAUUCUGAGGGCCACGCCCUGAAAAACUCGCAUUGGGACGGGUGGGAUUGGGAACCAACGUGGAUGGGACACAUGUGGAAGAAGUGGGAAGAGCAAAUUGAUUACCCAAAUUUUAACUUGAGAACACAGGACGAAUCCUUCCACACGCGACCAUCGAUCAAGCUUGUCAUGACCGAUAUCUUGAAGGGAAUUCUCGUGGAUGACUGGGAGCAUGUCACCAAGGACUCGCAGCUCGUACCACUGCCCCACGCGCAACCGGUCGUCAAGAUUUUGAAUGAUUACCUUGAGGAUGAGAUGCCGAAGCGCGAGGAAGAUUCUGCUCAGAUCGACAUCCUGAAAGAGACGAUGGCCGGGCUCCGCGAGUACUUCGAUCGAGCCCUUGGUAGAAUCCUCCUUUAUCGCUUUGAGCGAUUGCAGUACUCUGAGUUGCUCCCACAGUGGGAGAAUGAGAAAGACGGAGGACCAAGCACCGUCUACGGAGGCGAGCAUCUUUGCCGACUACUUGUCUCGCUGCCCGAGCUUCUUGCCCAGACCAACAUGGAUCAGCAAUCUGUCAGCCGCCUUCGCGAAGAAUUGACCAAGUUCACCAACUGGUUGAGCAAGAACGGCACGAAGUAUUUCGUCCGCGAGUAUGAGGUACCCGGCCCAGAAUACCAGGACAAAGCCAAGAGCUCCUAG